ACUAAUAGAAGUAUUUUCAGAUAAUCGCGUAAAAGAUCUUUUCUUAGUGCAAUCCCCGUUUCCAGUAAUCGGAAUUUUGGCAACAUACCUUUACUUUGUAAACGGAAGAGGACAGAAAUGGAUGAAGAAUCGAAAAGCUUUCGAAUUAAAUUCUAUAAUCAAUUUGUAUAACGCUUCACAAGUAGUAAUUAAUCUCUACAUUGGAUUACGGGCUCUCUACACAAUCACUCAAAUUGAAGGUUUCAAUGUUCUUUGUAUACCGCCACCAUUUAAUGAUUACACAGAACAUCAGUUGAUACUUUUGAAGUUAUCACAUCUUUAUUAUUUGCUUAAAGUUCUCGAUCUUCUAGAUACGGUGUCGUUAACUCCUUCGUGCACGUUAUA